GCGAGUGUCUAGUUCACACUUUGGUUAAUUGAAAGGAUAAGGACACUUUCAAGUUUCCUCGUACUCGAAAAGGUGAAACCAUCCGCGGCUUUAUCGAAGCAAAGUUCUCUCGAAUUUGCAAAAUGAUCGAUGGGUUGGAGUGUACAUUCUUGGUUGAGGCUAUACUGACCAAAUAUUCGCGGGAUAAACCUGAACUAAGACGCAUAUUGAAAGCAGCUGAGCAAGACUUUAUUCCUUCUAAACAUGAUCCAAAAAUUGCAAUUGCAUUCUGGAAAAACUUGAGCGCAGAAUUAGCUCACAUGUGCGAGGUUGCAGAUAUUCUCGAGUCUGAAAUAGAUCGCUUGUUGGCCAACAAUCUUGUAUUUGAUCGUGCCAAUGACGGACCUGGCGAAGGUUGUUAUGAGCAUUGCUUCCUCUGCACCAAGAUCGCCGACGAUGAAAUGCCUCGGGAUGCUACGGCUCUAGACUGGUAGACAAUGAAUAUAUAAGUCACCAGAAGAACACACAGGUAGAAUGAAUGUGGGAAGAUGAAAAACAAGCUGAGGGUAAAGUUUUGACUGGGGAAUCUGUUGCAAAUUGGAAUUUAGGAUAUUUCAUUGUUAAUUUUUGUACUGUUCACCAGGAUGCUAUUCGUUACAAGAAGACUGCGACAGCAGGUAUUAUUUUUGCAAGCCACAGGUUGUGAUUCCUUAUGACAGAUCAAUUACAUUCAUGUUCA